GGCGUGCACAGUGUCGUGUGGGAGGGAAGAGCAGCGGGGUCAUCUUCGGCGGCGGUCGCAAGCGUUAUCCGUGAGAGGCGAAAGGGCGACGGAGAUGGACGUUCGCGGCGGCGGCCAUUGGUUGCAUGAUGAAGAGGAGGCGGUGGCGAUGGCGGUGACUGCCGUGGUCCUUAACUCGGUGGGCGACAUGUCGUCCACGGAAAGCCAGAAGCGUUUGCAGUUGCAGAAAUGCCGAGCACAGUUGCGACGUGUUGUCGAAGCGCCGGAUUGCGUGGUGACGUCUGAAGCGGUCUUGCAGUUGUGCGCGGCGCUCUACUCCGGCGUCUUCCCGCGGGAAACGCCGCGAUGGUGGAUCAAAAGAAGGACUGGUGGAACUUGGGAGGAUCUCUGGCUGUGUGACGAUGCGACAGAAGACUACUUCCACGACAAGUUGCGUAUGUCCAGGGCUGUCUUCAUCCAGAUCGUUGCCGCAUGCCCCGCUCACGUCGAGAAGAAGGUCACACAUUACAAGAUGCCAUUGCCCGCGGAGCAGGUCAUUGCUUUCACGUUGUGUAGGUGGGCCUCCGGGGAGACGUUCGAAAGUGGCACGUCAGCCUUCGGCAUCGGCGGGGUCACUGGAGUUGCAGGCUGUCGGCGAUAAAGCGGCGAACUUUUCGACGCCCCCCCGGAGAAUCUGCCACACGGUGUCGUCACGCGAGGUUACCUUCUCCGCGACAACGAGUACCCUGUUGCCUGUCCAUGGAUUGUCCAGCCGUACGGAGGAAUCGAGCAACGUCCUGACGAGGAACGUUUCGAUACGCGGCAGAAGGUGGUGCGCGGGUGUGUGGAGAGGGCGUUCGGGCGGUUGAAGUGCAUGAAACUGGGAUACAUCAUUCGGUAAUUGAAGACAACAAAUGUUAAUUGACUAC